GCAGUUGAACUGGGGGAGGAGGAGGAGGAGGAGGAGGAGAGGAAGAGAAGGGUAAAGGGAAAGAAGACCCGCGCGUGCGCAGAAACAAGCUGUACUGGCGGCGGCGGUAACAGCGGCGGCGGCGGCCGCGCUGGCGAGUGAAGUUGGGUGGAAGCCCUGCUGAUAAAAUGCAUAAGCUUAAAUCGGCUCAGAAGGACAAGGUCCGCCAGUUUAUGGCAGUUACCCAGGCUGGUGAAAGGACUGCUAUAUACUGCUUAAUGCAGAAUGAAUGGAAACUAGAAGUGGCAACAGACAACUACUUCCAGAAUCCAGACUUGUACUACAAAGAAUCCAUGAAAAUUUCAAUAGACAGAAAGAAAUUAGAACAAUUGUAUAACAGGUACAAAGACCCACAGGAUGACAAUAAAAUUGGCAUUGAUGGAAUUCAGCAAUUUUGUGACGAUUUAAAUCUGGACCCUGCUAGUAUCAGUGUUUUGGUCAUAGCAUGGAAAUUCCGGGCAGCGACUCAGUGUGAAUUCAGUAAAAAAGAAUUUGUAGAUGGCAUGACAGAGCUGGGGUGUGAUACCACAGACAAGCUAAAAUCUCUUUUGCCAAGACUGGAACAAGAAUUAAAGGAUCCAAUGAAGUUUAAAGAUUUUUAUCAGUUUACUUUUAACUUUGCUAAAAACCCUGGGCAAAAAGGUUUAGACCUAGAAAUGGCAAUUGCAUAUUGGAAUUUAGUGUUAUCAGGAAGAUUUAAAUUUUUAGAACUUUGGAAUAAAUUUUUAUUGGAGCAUCAUAAAAGAUCAAUCCCUAAGGAUACUUGGAACCUUCUUUUAGACUUUGGAAAUAUGAUUGCAGAUGAUAUGUCAAACUAUGAUGAAGAAGCUUCCAGUACCAGGACAAGACAUCCACUGCAUCUCUUAUAUAAUCCAACUGAGAGAUGUAGAUUUGUGUUCACUAGGAUUUUGAUGGAGCGUGGCCAGUCCUAAUAGAUGAUUUUGUUGAAUACGCAAGACCAGUAGUCACAGGAGGAAAACGUAAAGCUUCCUAACGAUGACUUCUCAGUGGACUAACUCUGCAGUCUGAACUGCAUCGGGUAAUGAAGACUUUUGGCCAAUAACUGUGCACACUGUCACCGAUUUCGAAAGUUGAGGUGGGAUGUCACUGACAAAACAGAAAUCGCUACUUCUGCAAGAAAAUGAUGGCUGACUCAUGGACACUGCAAGAAGAAAUUCAAAAGAUAGCCCAGGCUAUCUGUAGGAUACUGGCUUCAAUUACUGUACUGGUUGUAUUAUAUAGGAUGUAGAUUUUGCAUGAUUUUAUACUUUGGAAAAGUUUAACUAGAGGCCAUUUUAGUAAAAUUUUGACAACACAGCAUGCCGUUCAGUUCAUAAUACAGGGUGAACACCAGCAGUUACAUAAAUACAACUGUAUUAUAUUGUACUUAUAUUAAAAGCAGUAUUUGUGAUAUAUAAAUUAAAUCUCUAAAUAAAAUAUGUGGUAUGUGGUAUUUUUCUACAUCUCUAAAAUACGUUGAGAAUACAGUGCAAUAUUUAUUGAUUUAUUUUCCUGAUGCAGUACUCUGUGUUUCUAAAUCUUUUUAUUACAUCCUCCAUUUAAAAAAAAUGUUUUCCUAAUUCCAAUGCCAAAUGAAGUUUGUACUUCUUAUUUACAAAAUUUAAUGGUUUGUUUGUGGAAAGCAAUUUCCAUCACACCCGGACGCUUCUAUCUCUCUCUCUCUUUGUUCCCUUCCUGGAAAUAAAUUACAGUGAGAAAACGCUUUUUCAAGGAACAAGCUUUUGAUGACAACUCUCUAAGGAACACCAUUCUCGUUGCCAGACUUAAGGAAGUUUUAUCAGUCCUGCUUCUCUAACUGCUCUCAGCAAGGAAGCAUUGUUGUGGCUGCAAGCCAAUCUCUCCUGCUUUUCCAUCUGCUGUCCCAUUGCAUACCACAGUGAGCCACAUGAUGGGCUUUCUGCUACCUGCCUCUCUCAGCCACUGCCUACUCAGGCCAUCUUCCUAGCAGCUGUCUUGCUUCCCUCAACUCACUACUUAUGGUUCUCCAGAAUGCUGUCUAUCAGCACUUUCAUUCCUUUCGUUUUACUCAAAAAGUAAGAGAGUUGUAAGAGGGAUUUAGGGAUGCCUCUUACUCAUGUCUGAAAGUGGGUAGCACUUUCUUGAGAAAACAUGCCCUACUGUUCAAACAGCCUUCCAAAAACUAAUAGGUUAUUUUGGGAUGCUGUUUGGAUUAUAAUACUGUUAUAUCCAAAAUUGACUAUAGACAGCUCCUUUAAAGGGUGACUAGCAGUGUGGCUUUAAGUAUCAGUAACCUUGCCAUGUAUUUAAUAAUAAAGAAGCCUUGAUUAUUUUAAAUAUAACAAGUGAAUUGCAGACACAUUUUAGCUCAAGAUAAAUUCUGCUACUAUCACUGUCUGCUUAAUUUUCAACCAAAACUGAAGCUACUUAAAAGUACUCGGCACAAAUAAGUGUGCAAAAGAGUAUCUUGUGUUUUGUAUUAAAAUAUUCUCGGGGUGGUGAGCAACUUCUAAAGGACUAGUCAGAAAGAAAUAGUGUGUUGCCUGCUAGUGGUUAUUGACUCUGGGUUGGAUCCUGACCGAAAGUGAGUUGCUUCUGUGCUGGUACUGUUGCUUUGUUUUUGUCUGCCUUCAAACAAAAUAAUAAAAGGAAUGGCAAAUGUAAAAAAGUGGCUGUUGUGCCUCCUGUAUAGCAUAGGUUUGAAAAAUAGACAUAGUUUGGGAUCUUGCAUGCUUUCUUAAAUUCUGUCUCCCACAUGAUUGUUAAAACUAACUCUGCUCUUCAUUGUGUAAUUGGUCAUGUGAAAACAGACACAGAGAACAUGUAUGCUAAAUUCAAAGUGGAAUUCUGCAUGAAUUGAAAAACUUCAGCAUGGAACAGCGUACACUGCAACUUAAAAGCAAUCACUUUAAUUUUUAUUUCUGGGGUUGAGAACAUUAGCGACAGAAAUGUGAGAAAUGGGUUGUGUCUCAUUCCACCACUAGAUGCCAGUAACUCAUUUGUAAUUUUUUCAUUUUCUUGUCUCAAGACAAAUAUAACAAUACUAAAGACUACUGUAUUACUUUGUUGCAUCCUCAACUAUAACAGUAUCCCUCACUGAAUUUCUUCAAAUGAAUUUUUUAAAAAAGAAAGUUUCGCAAAGAUUUGGCUUAGAAACUCAUUAAACAUAAGUGAUAAACAUAGUCUUAAUAUUUUCUAACAGUCAUAUUUACAGUUUAUUCUUUUAACUCAAGGGUUAGGGAAACACGUAUUCCAGACAUUACCAUUUUUAUUAGAGUUAAUUUAUUUUCUCUUGUAGUCCUAUUAUGCCAAUAUCAAACUAUUCAUAUCAGGAGUUUUAGGAAAUGGAAACUCUUAAAGUUUCCUACAAUGAGCAAUAUUCUAAAAUGUAUCAGUAGCUAAAAUGAAGAUAAACUAAAUAUUUGCACCUACCAUUGAUACAUUGAGAGUUUUCUCUGCUUGUAGGAAAUGAAAAACCAAGAUUGAGCAAAGGGGGUUACUGAAUUCAUACACAGCUUACAAAACUGAUGUGAAUUCAAUUGCUUACCUUGUUGCAGCAUAAAUAUUAUGAGGUUUGUUGGAACUGUGUUUAUCUGAAACAAAGUGUGUGCACUAUGCAUUCACUUAUUACUAGUGGAAUAUGUUCAUUUACCUUUUAUAAGAUUUUAUAGUCUUCAAUCAGUUCACGUUUUUAAAUCAAAGUUAAUUCAGAUUGGAAGACGGUAUCUUCAAGAUUACUAGUAUAAAAUGUAAUAAGUUGUCUUAAUGUGUUCUUCACAAAAUCCCAUGAAACAGAUCAAAAUUUCAAUUUAAUACAGGUUGAAAGAGUAAAACUGUAGUCCAAUACAGUAUAACACAAGUCAUUUGGAAUUUACUCAGCUCUUUAGGACAAACCCAGCAUGGUUCUUCUGUAGCACAAAUGAUUUAUUCAGUAAUUGCAUGAUAACUAUGUAACUUCAUAGUGCAGGGAUUGUAACAAUGGAAAUGCCAGCACAGGAUGAUGGGGCUGACCAUAGUAAGUAAAAUCAGUGAUUUUAUUUUCUUUUGAAAAUUAAAUUCCAAGUCUAAAGGAGAUCCUUCACAAUCUAUGUGGUUGUUAAAGCAACCAUAUCUUUUUCAAGGGUCUUGUGGCUGUUUCCAGGCAUAUACUACAUAUACCACCCAGCUACUUCACUUCCUUAGGCACAGCUUAUUGUAAAAAGUGCCUCUUUGGAAGGCACUGCCCAACCCUGUUAAUUCUAUACCAAAGAGAUAUGACUUGGAAUAAAGAUUAGGACUAUUUUGCAACAGUUAAAAUGCUUUAUCUUUUUCCCAGCGUUUAUCACUGAAAGAAAUUGAAACAUUUACUGAAAUAAUAGUAAGUUUGUAUUUGUAAA